CAUAGCAAAUCCGUACUGACAGUUUUGUUUUUUCUCUUUCUGUGUCCACUAUGGCAGAUGGUACGUGAGCAAUACACUACAACCGCAGAAGGCACCCACAUAGAGAGGCCAGAGGACCAGUAUGUCUAUAAAAUUGGCAUUUAUGGCUGGAGAAAGCGUUGCCUCUACUUAUUUGUUCUUCUUUUACUCAUCAUCCUAGUUGUGAAUUUGGCUCUUACGAUUUGGAUUCUUAAAGUGAUGUGGUUUUCCCCAAUGGGAAUGGGUCAUUUGCAUGUAACAAAAGAUGGACUUCGCCUGGAAGGGGAAUCAGAAUUUUUAUUCCCAUUGUAUGCCAAAGAAAUACACUCCAGAAUGGACUCCUCUCUGCUUCUCCAAUCAACUCAAAAUGUGACUGUGAAUGCCCGCAACUCCGAAGGAGAGGUCACAGGCAGAUUAAAAGUGGGUCCCAAAAUGGUGGAAGUCCAGAGUCAACAGUUUCAGAUCAACUCCAAGGAUGGCAAGCCACUAUUUACAGUUGAUGAAAAGGAAGUUGUAGUUGGUACAGAUAAACUUCGAGUAACUGGUCCUGAAGGGGCUCUUUUUGAACAUUCAGUGGAGACACCACUUGUUCAAGCUGACCCGUUUCAAGAGCUUAGGUUAGAAUCCCCUACAAGGAGUCUAAGCAUGGAUGCACCCAGGGGCAUUCAUAUUGAAGCACAUGCUGGGAAAAUUGAGGCCCUCUCUCAAAUGGAUAUCAAAUUUCAUAGUAGUGAUGGAAUGCUUGUGCUGGAUGCUGAAACUGUAUGUCUGCCCAAGUUGGUUCAAGGGACUGGGGGUCCCUCUGGCAGCUCACAGAGACUCUAUGAAAUCUGUGUUUGUCCAGAUGGGAAACUUUACCUGUCUGUGGCUGGUGUGGGUACCACGUGCCAGGAAAACAGCCAUGUCUGUCUCUAAACCAUCUGCAUCUUCCACAGAGUACAUGGACAAUUUUCAGAAAGCUUAAAAAAUUCUUGACUUUGAGACUUCAAACUUGGAAAGCAAUUUUACAUCCUGUAAGACUGAGACUGUGGAUGGAAAGAAGCAUCCACUUUUAAAAGGAACUCAGAAAGAAAAACUCACCAACAAAAAUAUUCGGACAAAAGUACACGGUUUCAAAAUGGCAUGUGGAUGUUAAACGAACAAGUUGUCAAAGGGCUGUGUUUAUUCCACUGAGUUAACAAAUUUUCAUCAGAACAAUUAAUAAAUGAUGGCUUCUUUUCCUCAUCUUUUGUGUGCGUAAAUGUACUAUGAAAUGUUGAGUUGCUAUUUGAAACUGAUUUAUGAUGGCCAACUGUGAACAUCUAACUCCCCAUCAAGGUAAUGUUGGUAACUACUACAGGACUCCGAAGUCCUGUGCAGUGUUUGCUUUUAAUCACUCAAACCUGUGAGCAAGUUCUCCCUCGAGUAUAAUGCAAAGUGUGUCAGAUUUCAUGAGAAAAUAUUCAGGUUUUGAAUGCACAUUGAGGUUGAUCUGAUUUUCAAGAUGUAAUCAAAGGAAUAAAUUAUACAAAAUGAAUCAUGGUUUAUUUAUAGUCAAUGAGCAAUAAAUCAACCUACAUUUUUCAGUCUUCGAAGUUUAAGAGUAUGUCUUACUUUCUUUAAUCCUCACAACAUUUUGAGGUAGAUAGUACUUUUCCUCAAGUUACUGGUGAUAAUAUGAAGGCUCAAAUAGGACAAGUCAUUUACACAAUCACAAAAUAUCUACUGAAAUACUAAACUGUGACCCUAAAUUUGCACAG